UCUAGGAGGGUGGGAUCUGCCGGAAUACAGGUAGGCAGCAGUAUUGGCGUGUUAGAAGAAGCGAGCUCAAAUAUCGCCCAAGAUCAUUAUCCUGGUGUUGUAGCGUUUUAGUGUUUUCACAACGAUCUGCUGGUAGAGGGGACCAUGCCGAGGACCACGUCGAUGAUCCUGAACCUCGCACCGAGAUUCUGACCGAUCCGAGAGCUGGGAGGCGCAUCUCUUUUCUUUAAGGGAGCCCUGUAGCGCGUCACACCGCCCGUCGUUUACACGCAACUCGCAAAUCAUGCAGACGGAUCCGGUGCUGGUGGAGUCGUUGGUGGUGUUCUCUAUCGUCCUGUGCGUGCACGUGGCCGUGUGGAACCAGCUAUCAUGGUGCUGCAUCGCUUUGGCUGUCCAGGCCUUCUACGUCCAGUACAAAUGGGAUCGCCUCCUGCGAACGGGAGCGGCGGUCUUCCAGUUCCGCCCGUCAGCCAAUAGCGGCGUCUUGCCGGCCAGCAUGCUGCUUCCGUUGCUCGGGCUCGUUUUACGGGUUCGCUGCGUCGCCGUGGGGAACGUCCACUUCGAGCGGUUCGCGAUGGUGAUCACGGUGACGGGGAUGAUGUUGGCGCUGUUUUUGUCGCUCAUUGCGCUGGGAGUCACGCGGCCGGUGCCCAGCAACACCUGUGUGAUUACGGGAAUCGCUGCCAGCGCCAUCGUCUACACAGUCAAACAGACACUGCUGGUUUCGGAGGUGAUUGAGGUGCUGGAGGUGCUGCUGAUUUUUGUCUACCUAAGUCUGAUCCUCCUCUAUCUCCUCCCGCGCUGCUUCACACCCGGAGAAGCCCUGCUCAUCCUGGGUGGCCUCAGCUUCAUGAUCAACCAGCUGAUCAAGCGCUCGUUGAGCACCAGUACCAGUACCAACACGGACCCGCUUCAUUUCUUCCUUCCUGUAGCCGUGGCAGGACUGGUCAUGCUCGGCCUUAUCUUUGCCCUCCUCUUCCUCUUUAUGGAAUCCGGAACAUGGGCAGCGUCCGCCUUUUUUCACGUCAUGACAGCCGUACUCGGCUUGGGCUUGCUCGUUCCUUGGUUGUCCCUCCUCACUGGACACCACCCUGUCAUCUGGAUUUUAGAAUUCCUCACGCAUAACAGUGCCCGUCUCUGGUUGUUGGCAUACUGGACGUUCCUGGUUUCGGCUGCAGUGAUCGUGGUAGUGCGUCAGAACACCCGGCGCUCAGAAAGCACCAAGAAGUACCAAGCCUCCACGACUGUAAGAAAGUACUUCCACCUCCUUAUCGUGUUAACCUUCGCUCCUGGGUUGGCACUCGAUCGCCCUCUACUGCACCUGGCAGCCGUUGUAUGUCUAGCAUUGUUCCUUUUCCUGGAAUUGGUGCGGAUUUUCCGGAUUCGCCCGCUGGGCUCGAUGCUGCGCAGGUCGCUGGCUCUCUUCCUGGAUGAUAGGGACUCGGGGCCAAUUAUCAUCACGCAUAUCUACCUGCUUUUGGGAAUUUCAAUUCCCGUGUGGCUCUCGCAAGCACCAUGCAUGUCAAAAGGAGGAGGGGCAGGAGCCGGGGGAUUGGCACCCUAUGCUGGCGUCCUAGCCGUCGGGGUCGGAGACACCGUGGCGUCUAUUUUUGGAAGCACAGCGGGUGAGAUCCGCUGGCCGGGCACCAAAAAGACUUUCGAGGGCACCGCGACCUCAGUGUUUGCACAGAUCAUCGCCGUGGCCAUGUUCCUGAUCGCAGAUUCCGGUGUAAACUUAAACGCCAGCUAUUCGUGGGUGGUGGGCUCCAUCGCUAUGGUAGCCAUGCUGGAGGCGUACACAUCACAGAUCGAUAAUCUUCUGUUGCCGCUGUAUUUAUAUGUCCUCUUGAUGUUAUGAGCACGCGUUAACGCGCAUACACACGCGGUCCUAUACAUAACGUUGUCCAUGAACAUUUUUGGAUAUAAAACUCUACACGAAUACAGUGCAGGGUCCAAAAGUUUGCACCCCUUAUCCCGAAGAACCUUUCAUUUCUUUUUUUCCCCAAACUUAUUAUUACUCCCCGUUUGUUUUUCUCUACGGUUUUAGUAGUAAAAUAUCCAUUUUAACUGAACGAAAUCUGAACGCAGAUGAUGGAAAAACGUACCGUGGUCCGUAGUAAGGUCGAUAAACGACCGUGAAACGCCGCGUUAGGAGCUUACACGUGUGUUCGUUUGCCUGGAACGUACGACGUCACAACAAUUUUGAAUACAGGAAGUGCUUUAUAAAUGUGAGGUAUUGUGGCCAAUAUAAAACAAAUCACAAAUAUCAGUGCUGAAGGAGCUCAAAAAAAAUUUAAAAAGCAUCUGAUAUCAUUUUAUAUUACACCCCUAAGUGUUUACGGUCAUUUUUAAUCACCACAGAGAGUCAGGACCUCGAUUUAAAAGCUCAUCCAAAAGACCAUGCUGUUUUUACAGUAUAGUGUCCACACCACUAUACUGAGGCAUUAGGGUGAGCACCCCCUGCUGGCCACUUCCAGUAUCAACUUUAGUUUUCCCCUAGGAGGUCUCACAUUCGAGUAUCGGCCAGGCUCAACCCUGCUUAGCUCCAGUGAGACACUGGCACUAAUUUAGAGUGCUUUUUUUCACAUGCAGUGUUUAGUACACCCCCUUGUUGUUAUUUGAGAGAACAGGACUCUGGCAUUGACCAAAAUAAUCUAGAUGAACUCACGCGUGGAUGGACUUGCAGUGAGACCGUGAUUCAACGCUGAACGAAUUAAAAAAAUAAAAUAAGCUGUGAACGCUUUGUUUGCUUCGUUCUGUUGCCGUAUUUCUGAGCAUAUAAUUAUCAAUUAUUUUUCGGCGUGGGGGGGGGGGGGGUAGAGGCUGGUCUAUAAAUAAAUAACAGUUUAUAGUUUCUAUAACAUAAUUGAUAAUGAACUAACUUGUCUUGUGGAUGUUCCAUAACAUGAAAUGUUGCUGUAAAUGGUUAAAAAGCAUGCUGUAUCAAUCAUUUAAUAAAAACAUAUAUAAUUAUUGUCAAAUUUCUGUUAUAUAAAUGGAAUAAAACGCUUCCAAAACCCGCUUUGGGGUGUAUCGCACCACCCUGGCGCGGAUUAUUUCCGUAUAAGAGCA